AUGAGGGCACAUGCGACUCCAAAUGACAUUUUAAAUGAUAUAGGUAUUACAGAACAAGAUUAUCAAUGGGCUAUAUCAAUAUCUCCAGAUUCUGACUACGAAUUGCACCUCAAAAGACCAUUAGACAGUUGUUUUAUCAACAAUUAUUUUAUUGCUGAGUUAAAAGGCUUUGCCGCAAAUGUUGACUUGCAGCUUGUGUUUAAUCAUUAUAAGUGUAUCACAUACGUCAGUUCUUACUUUACAAAGGAUGAAACUGAAUGUUCUCAAGCCAUAAUAAAUGCAGCAAAAGAAGCUAAAGAAGCUAAUUUAAGUGUAAGAGAUGGACUGAGAAAAAUAGGUGCAGCUUUUCUUUCAACUUGUGAAGUCAGUGCUCAAGAGUGCAUUUACCGAUGCAUGCCUGAACUCUGGUUAAGAAAAUAUUCCUGAAAACCCUUUUUGUUAGCACAGAUUUUCCUGAAAAUCGCAUAAGAGUAGCAAAGACUCAACGGGAACUCGAUGAGUUAGAUGAUGAUAGUACUGACAUUUUUAAGUCUAAUAUCAUUGUUCGUUACAGUUACAGACCAAAAACCAUUCCUGUCAUUAAUAAUAUGUGUUUGUCACUAUUUGCCGCACACUAUUUCAAAGAUUACAAAACUGAUUUUGAUGAGGUAUCUGAUUCUCAACCUGAAGUGCUUUGCGACGAUCUGAUUGAAUCCAAAAAUAUCGAGAAUUUUAGCACAGGACUUCCCGAUAGAAUAAAACUUACGAACAGCAAAGAAAUAAUGAAGUGCAGAAAAGUGAAAGCCGUUAUACGAUAUCACACUCCAAACAAAAGAAAGGAACCUGAAAAAUACUUUCACCACCUUCUUAUGACCAGGAAAAUGAAGACUUGAGACAAAGUUUGCCUGACGAUUCGGAUGAAACAGACUCAUUUAACAAAUCGUUGCCCCAACAUCUUACAUCAAAUCCUGAAUCGGUUCAACCAUCCUCGGGAAUAAUUGUUACAAUCAACCAUCAGAUGUAAGUGAUGACGAUCUUCGGGAAACGGUUAGAUCUUUGAACAACGAACAACAUUAUACAUAUGAUCAAAUUCUUUCCUGGUGUAGAAGUAAAAUGGCAAAUCUAAACACUCUUAAACCUUCUCAAGUAGAUCCGAUACAUGUUUUUGUCACUGGAGGUGGAGGUGCAGGUAAAUCACACCUAAUUAGAGCUAUAUAUCAUAGUGUUACCAAAACAUUCAGACAUGCCCCUGCUAAUCCUGAAUUACCGUCUGUUUUGCUGACAGCUCCAACCGGUGUAGCUGCCAUAAAUAUUAACGGAACAACCGUACACAGUGCUCUGGCAAUUCCAAGAGAAUGCGGCAAUAAUGUCCCUGCAAUGUCUGAUCAGAAAAGAAUGCAGAUGAGACUGUCCUUGGCUGAAUUGAAACUAAUCAUAAUUGAUGAAAUUUCAAUGGUCUCAAACAUGAGUUUGCUUCAUAUUCAUCAAAGAUUGAAAGAGAUAUUUGCUACACCUAGUAGUGAACUUUUUGCGGGAAUUAGCAUACUUGCAGUCGGCGACUUCUACCAGCUACCACCAAUUCGAAGUGGAACAGCCUUUUCGAAUUACAAGAAUGAUUCAUUUAAUCUCUGCCAUCCAUGGCAUGUAUUUAAAAUGACUGAACUAGAACAGAUAAUGCGACAAAAAGAUGACCUCGCUUUCACUCAACUAUUAAACAGAGUGCGCACUGCAUCACACAGAUGA